AUACUGAAAAGUGCACAGAUAAGUCAUCGUUCAAUAACAUUAUCUCCGUAUACUUUGUUUAUUAUAAACAGUUGUGUUUUCAUCAACUCAUUGUGGUCGAUGUUUGACAAGAUCAGGUAGUGUGUUUCUUCAAAACAACCUAAAUUCUUAUCGUAAGUCCGGAAUAAUCGGUAAUGAGUGGUCUUUGUUUCCGUUGAGUGAGUCCGAUAUUGACAUAAGGUUUGAUUACAAGACAUGAUAAUGCUAACAUCUUCGGAAGAUAUGAAGAAUAAUGGAAGUGGCGUGGAAAGUAAAAGCAAUAUGAGGAGAAGAAGGACCGGAGUAUACAAAAUGGAUCCAAAUGAUGGUAUCGUCUUCCAGAACAACCGUUUUCUAAACACAUUAACAAUAGGAAAAAGAAAAAUUUCCGAAGAAAUUCUUCCUCCAGGCAGUACUGGCACCUUUCGGCAAAAAUCUGCAACAUGUGAACACAUAUCUCUCAGUGGGUAUGCUAGAGCAGCGAAGCAGUCGUUCGGUAAUCUUCUGUCGAGAAAAAUGGCUACCAGUACUAGUCAAGUUCCAGUGCCUUGGCCAAAUACUAAAGAUGACUACGAGCUGGGAAAAGUGAUUGGUGUUGGUGCAACAGCUGUGGUUCAUGGGGCCUUAUGCAAACCAAGAAAUGAAAAAUGUGCCAUUAAGAGGAUUAAUCUAGAGAAAUGGAACACAUCUAUGGAUGAACUGUUGAAAGAAAUUCAAGCCAUGAGCAGCUGUAAUCAUGAAAAUGUUGUGACCUACUAUACUAGCUUUGUUGUAAGAGAAGAACUAUGGCUUGUUUUAAAAUUGCUUGAAGGUGGGAGUCUACUGGACAUUAUAAAACAUAAAAUGAGAACAUCGAAUUGCAAGCAUGGUGUUUUUGAUGAGGCUACAAUUGCCACGGUGCUCAAAGAAGUUUUGAAAGGAUUGGAGUAUUUUCACAGUAAUGGACAGAUUCACAGAGAUGUUAAAGCUGGUAACAUUCUUCUUGGUGAGGACGGUACCGUUCAGAUAGCUGAUUUUGGAGUUUCAGCUUGGUUGGCCACUGGCCGGGACAUAUCCCGGGAAAAAGUCAGGCACACAUUCGUAGGGACACCAUGUUGGAUGGCACCUGAAGUCAUGGAACAGGAUCAUGGUUAUGAUUUUAAAGCAGAUAUUUGGUCCUUCGGUAUAACUGCUAUAGAAAUGGCCACUGGAACUGCACCUUACCAUAAGUACCCACCAAUGAAAGUGCUAAUGUUGACCUUGCAGAAUGAUCCACCUAAUCUUGACACUGGUGCUGACGAAAAAGAUCAAUACAAAGCUUACGGCAAAACUUUCAGGAAGAUGGUGACAGAUUGUUUACAAAAAGAAGCUUCAAAGAGACCCACUGCUGCAGAAUUACUGAAACACCCUUUUUUUAAAAAAGCAAAAGAUAAAAAGUAUCUACAGUCAACUUUGGUAGCCAUCGGACCCAGUUUGGAGACUAGAGUACAAAAAGCAUCGAAACGACAACCUGGAGCUUCAGGACGUCUUCAUCGAAAAGAAACUGGUGAAUGGGUAUGGUCUAGUGAAGAUGAGGGUGGCGAUUCUAGUGGAAGUGACACUGAUUCUAAACCGAUGAAUACUCUAGUAUCAAUUGGCUCAUCAGGUUCUGAUCAGGAGAGUAGUGAAGGAGAUCCACCACCUAUCAACUUGGUCUUGAGGAUGAGAAAUGCGAAACGAGAAUUAAACGAUAUUAGAUUUGAAUUUGCAGUUGGCAAGGAUUCUGCUGAAGGUAUAGCUAGUGAACUAGUGGGAGCAGGUUUGGUUGACGGGAAGGAUAUAAUAGCAAUCACUACUAACCUACAGAAACUCAUUAAGCAGCGGGAUAGUAUGAGAGUAAUCACUUUUCUGUUGAACUCACCGCUUAAUCCCAACGAAGUUCCUGACGAUAAAGCACUCAUUGGGUAUGCGCAGAUAUCCAUAAUGGACUGAAACUGACUGGAUUACAAUUUUUUUCAAUUCAUCCCAAUAAUUUUCUGGAAUCUACUGAUCAUUGUAAAUACUGUAGAUAGAAUUUUAUGAAAUUAUGCUAGUUCCUGAUUUUAUGUUAUUGAAAAACAGCAUCGAGAUAAUAGUUUAUUAUUUGUUUUGAACAGUCAUUUUUUCAUGUAGAAAUAUCCCAACGGGUGUGAUACUUAUUAUUCCACCAAUUUCAGUAUAAACGAAGGCAGUAUUCAAUUUUUUUAUUUCAGUUUUUAUUUGUUCAUGUCGGGUCAAUUGCACAAUUACCACAUUUUCAUUCCUGUAUAUCUAUAAUUCAAUAUAUGUCAUAACCCUUAUCUAGAAGAGAGUGACUGUUCAUUAUAUUUUGUAGGAAGUAAUCAAAAUGUUUUUGAAGUUUUUCUUUUCUGAAGAAAAUGAGAUAAUUAUUGACAAUAACAAUAGUUAAGCACUGUUAUUGUUUCAAAUUCGUUAUUCAGGAAAGUUCUCCGUUCAGUUUAAUUCUAUCAAAACUUGAAUAUCACCAGUUAUCAAUUUCCUUUGCCAUCUGGAGUGACUUACAUAUCUCAUAGGUUCAAACUUUUUAUGUCAGAUUUACAAAAGUAACAUUGAAACUUUUCUACUGAGUGCUCUCGAUCAUCAUGAUCAAUAGAUUUCAAGUAAGUUGUACUUAAAAAAAGUUUCACGCAGUAAGAAAAAUUGAGUUAUUUUAUGUAAUCUUGCAUUAUAUAUUUUCUAGAUUGUUAUAUUUAUUCCACAUAUCGUUUUUGAUCAAUUUUGAAAACUAGUUAGGUCACCAACAAAUUGCCUUGAUUUAGGAGAGGUAGGCUAUAUGAUGAAUAAAUCUGUUUGAUAUUCUUAGUAUAUCAGAGCGUAGGUGUGAAUUCGAUUCAUUUGAAGAUGCAAGCGUUUUUUAAGUUUCGCUAGUGAUUUUUUUUAUUACGUUUUUGAUGUUUGGCUGAGAAAUGAUUGUAUAUAGAAGCUGUAGAAAUAGGGCCUACUGCACAGGCAAGCCAAUAAAUUGAGAGUGAUCCGAUUUGAACUAGAAAAACAAGUUGUAUAUGGGAUUCGCAAAUUUCUGUAUAUAGAAUUUUUAUUUAUUCCUGUUGCCUGGUUGCAAUAAUAAAGAAGUGAAAUUUAAAA